AACAACAGUGAUACACAAUGUGUGAAUGGAGUGAGUAUGGAGUUGAAUGUUUACCGCACGCUUCUUGAAGUAAGACAACUUCACCUGUCGCUCCUCAAAACCGGCACUCUGCAUUCAUCCGUCUCCACCACCAACCGCCUCCUCCAGUUAUACUCCCGGCGCAGCUCUCUCCAAGAUGCAUCCAAACUGUUCGACGAAAUGCCGCAAACAAAUGCUUUCUCAUGGAACACCCUCAUCGAAGCCCACAUCAACUCAGGCAAUAGAAACAAGUCACUGCAAUUGUUUCAUGCCAUGCCCCACAAAACCCAAUACUCAUGGAACCUUAUUGUUUCAACGUUUUCCAAAUCUGGUGACCUUCAACUGGCUCAUACUCUCUUCAAUGCCAUGCCUAUGAAGAACCCCCUUGUCUGGAAUUCCAUCAUUCAUGGUUACUCUCGACACGGGCAUCCGAGAGAAGCGCUUUUACUCUUUAAGGAGAUGAAUUUAGACCCUUCCGAAACGGUGCACCGCGAUGCUUUUGUGUUGUCAACUGUUUUCGGUGCAUGUGCUGACUUGUUUGCUCUUGAUUGUGGGAAACAAGUCCAUGCUCGUGUUUUCAUUGAGGGUUUUGAAUUUGAAUUUGACAAGAUUCUGUGCAGUUCGAUUGUUAAUUUUUAUGGGAAAUGCGGUGAUUUAGAUAGUGCUGCUCGGGUUAUGGGUUUUGUGAAGGAAGUUGAUGACUUUUCUUUAUCUGCUUUGGUAUCAAGUUAUGCAAAUGCUGGUAGAAUGAGAGAUGCAAGAAGGGUUUUUGAUAACAAGGUUGAUCCUUGUUCUGUGCUGUGGAAUUCGAUUAUUUCGGGUUAUGUGUCUAAUGGUGAGGAAAUGGAGGCACUGUCUCUUUUCAACUCAAUGCGUAGGAAUGGCAUUUGGGGAGACUUCUCUGCUGUUGCAAACAUUUUGAGUGCUGCUAGUAACUUGCUCAAUGUUGAACUUGUUAAGCAAAUGCAUGACCAUGCUUUUAAAAUUGGGGCGACUCGUGAUAUUGUGGUUUCUAGUGCUUUGCUUGAUGCAUACUCCAAAUGUCAACACCCUCAUGAAGCUUGCAAGUUGUUUGGUGAGCUCAAAGCCCAUGAUGCAAUCUUGCUUAAUACUAUGAUUACUGUUUAUGCUAAUUGUGGAAGAAUCGAAGAUGCAAAAUGGGUUUUUAACGCGAUGCCUAAUAAAACCCUGAUUUCAUGGAAUUCAAUCUUGGUUGGCCUCACUCAGAAUGCGUGUCCAAGUGAGGCGUUGGAUACUUUUUGUAAGAUGAAUAAAUUGGAUGUGAAAAUGGAUAGGUUUAGCUUUGCCAGUGUUAUUAGUGCUUGUGCUAGUAAAUCAUCCCUUGAACUCGGGGAGCAGGUAUUUGCUAAAGCUAUUACUUUGGGGCUUGAAUCUGACCAAAUCAUUUCUACCUCACUUGUUGAUUUUUAUUGUAAAUGUGGUCUUGUUGAGAUGGGACGAAAAGUUUUUGAUGGAAUGAUAAAAACCGAUGAGGUUUCGUGGAAUACAAUGCUGAUGGGAUAUGCGACAAAUGGAUAUGGGAUAGAAGCACUAACUCUUUUUGAUAAAAUGAGGUGUAGUGUUGUGAGGCCUUCUGCUAUUACUUUUACUGGUGUUCUUUCAGCCUGUGAUCACUGUGGUCUGGUAGAAGAAGGAAGAAAUUUGUUCCAAACUAUGAAGCACGAGUAUGAUAUAAAUCCCGGGAUUGAACAUUACUCUUGCAUGGUUGAUCUUUUUGCCAGAGCUGGUUGUUUUGGGGAAGCAAUGUAUUUUAUUGAAGAGAUGCCUUUUCAGCCUGAUGCAAACAUGUGGUUAUCAGUAUUAAGAGGCUGCAUAUCUUAUGGAAACAGGACUAUUGGAAAGAUGGCAGCAGAGAAAAUUAUUCAGCUUGAUCCUGAAAAUGCAGGUGCUUAUAUACAAUUAUCUAACAUACUUGCAACUUCUGAGGACUGGGAAGGAUCAGCAAAAGUAAGAGAGUUGAUGAGAGAUAAAAAUGUUCAGAAGAUUCCUGGUUGCAGUUGGGCAGAUUGUUAAAUGAGAAACUCUGUUGAGCUUCUCAGUUCCAGGCAAAGUUAGGAUUUUAGGGUUUAUCAAGGUUUCAUGAAACUAAGUACUUCACGAUAUUAUCUCAAUCAAGGGUUUCACAAAAUCAUCUCAAUCAAAGGUUUGAAGUAAGUCCCCGACGGAAACAACAAUUUCCUUAAGAGUUUCAAGGGUAAUAACGCACGUGGUGUGGAGGGUUUUUCAUUUUCAAGCUCGGUAUGAUUUGUCCCCACAGUAAGAGCUUGCUUCAAUUUGGUUGAGAGUAUUUGGGAGAUUCUAGCACAGAACAACUAGAGUUCAUCGCUCUAUCUCAAAGGACCAGAUAACCAAAGUAUCAAUAGUACAUACCAG